AUGUUUAGCACCAGCAGAAUAGCCGCCAAAUCGGUGUUGCGAUUGGCCCAACGACGCACAUUGAUCGCCCAGCCCACCCGAGCCGCUUGGAAAAUUGGAGAAACCUCGACAGGAGCCUCUAUCAGUACCAAGUUUGAUUUGCCGGAUCCAGGUCGUUCAGACGACUGUUAUAUUCAUGGCAAGAAACCUCUUCAGUUGACCAAAAUUGUGGCCACCAUUGGACCCACCUCGGAACAAUUGGAACCUCUCACUGAGGUCGUCAAAAAUGGAAUGAGUGUCAUGAGGCUGAACUUUAGCCAUGCUACCAAGGAGGAAGUGGAACUUCGUUGUACCAACUUGGAGAUUGCUGAGAAAAAACUAUCACCUGCUGGGGCUCCUGAAACACAACAGAUCCGUUCCUUGCUCUUGGAUACCCGUGGCCCUGAAAUUCGUUCCGGAAAGUUGAAGAAUGAUCAUUCGGGACACGAGACCAUCACACUCCAAAAGGGAAACAAGAUUACACUACAAACUUCCAAGCAAUACGAAGAGGAAGGAUCUGAUGAAAAUAACCUAUUCAUCAAUUAUGCAGGUCUUUCCAAAUCAUUGAACCCUGGAAUGAAUGUGCUUUUGGACGACGGAGUUGUCAUUAUGACGGUUGACUCUGUGGGCGACGGAUCUGUCGUUUGUUCCAUUGAUAACACGGGAGAGAUUCGAUCUCGUGCUGGAGUUAAUCUUCCAAUGGCUGAAACUGACCUACCAGCAAUGAGUGACAAGGACAAAGCGGAUAUCAAAUAUGGAAUGACCAAGGAUAUCGACUUUAUUGCUGCUUCCUUUGUCCAGACGGCUGAUGGUGUUCGAGAAAUCAAGCAAUACGUAAAAGACUGUGCCAAGGAACUUGGCUUGCCAGAUGACUACUCGUUGCCAAAGAUCAUUUCCAAAAUUGAGAGUGGUUCGGGUCUCAAGCACUUUGAUGAAAUCUUGACCGAGUCAGAUGGAAUUAUGGUUGCUCGAGGUGAUUUGGGAGUUGAAAUCCCAAUCCAGCAAGUCACAAACGCCCAGAAGGAAAUGGUGGCUGCGUGCAAUGCUGUUGGAAAGCCUGUGAUUGUCGCGACGCAGAUGCUUGAAAGCAUGGCAAAGAACCCCAGACCCACUAGGGCUGAAGUUUCCGAUGUCACCAAUGCUGUGUAUGAUGGAGCAGAUGCUGUUAUGCUUUCCGGUGAAACGGCAAAGGGCAAGUAUCCCGUCGAUGCUAUCAGAACUAUGAAUGAAAUCAUUCUUGCCGCAGAAGGGUAUUCAUUUUCUGGUGGGCUAGGAAGCGAAAAAACAAAGAUUCGACAACCCUUCAUUGGGCCCAAAACGCCGAAUUCUUCGAUUGCUAGGGGAGCUGUCAGUGCGGCAGAAACUCGCGAUGCAAGCGCAAUCAUCGUCUUGGGCGACGAGCAGGAGCUGGCACAACACGUUUCAUCGUACCGACCCAGCGUCCCCAUCCUUGCCUUCUGUGCCAACAGCAAGAUGGCGCGGCAAUUGAUCUUGAACCGUGCUAUUCACCCCAUUGUAGGCCUCGGAGAUGUACCUCCUGAAAAAAAGCCCGCCGCAGCGAUCAAACUGGCCAAAGAGUUGGGACACGUUCAAGCGGGCCAAAAUGUCGUCCUUGUUCACAUCGAUGACGAAGAGGACUUGGGCCAUGCUGAAACUCUCCAAUUGGUGUCAGUUCCCUAA